AUGUUCUGCAAUAGAGCUGUGGAGUUGGUCCGCGAGUUGCAGCGCGCACCCCAAAGGCAGCUGCUGGCAUUCAAUGAGGAUGGACUCAGGCAGAUUCUGGAGGAGAUGAAAAAUGUAUAUGAACAAAGCCAGUCUGAUGUGAAUGAAGCAAAGUCAGGUGGACCAAGUGAUCUGAUACCAACCAUCAAAUUUCGACACUGUUCUUUGCUAAGAAACCGACGCCGCACUAUAGCAUACCUGUAUGACCGAUUGCUUCGGAUUAGAGCACUGAGGUGGGAAUAUGGCAGCGUUUUGCCAAAUGUUUUACGAUUUCACACGUCUGCUGAAGAAAUGGAAUGGUUCAAUCAUUAUAAAAAGUCCCUUGCUACUUAUAUGAGAUCACUGGGAGGAGAUGAAGGUUUGGGUAUUACACAGGAUAUGAAACCUCCCAAAAGCCUAUAUAUUGAAGUACGAUGUCUAAAAGACUUUGGAGAAUUCGAAGUUGAUGAUGCUACAGCAGUGCUAUUAAAAAAAACAAAAUAG